AUGGAUGAUGCCGGCCCCGCGAGAAAACGACGAAAAGGUGGCAUUCAACAACGACAGAGCCAGGCUGAGGCUUCAAAGACAAGCAUCAGUGCUCUGCAUGAUCUGCUGAUGACAUACCUCGCACAGGGCCUUAUGUCGGCUGCAGUGUGUCAUGCAAUUGCAACAGCAGCUGUUGCCGAUAUGGGCCUCUCUCGCGAAGGUACCGUGUUUCCUGAUUUGGAGAAGCUGGCCAAGAUCAAGCAUGGUAAGAACCUGCAAAAGUCGAUCGACGGCCUGCUGGCCAAACAAGCCGACCUUCCCACACCCAAAGAGUUCGACAUCCCUCUUGCGGGACAGGUGCCAGGCCAGCCCACGUCAUUGCUUCUGCUGCCCCACGAAAUGAUGGCCCAUAUGUUUUCCAAUGGCACAGGGUGGGUUACCUCCGUGCUGCCGGACCCGAGCCGGUUGGCUGCCUUCUGGGAUUGUUUCCGGAAGCAUCCCUGCAUGGAGGGCCACCCUCUGCUUUCCCACCCCCAGUACAGGAACCGGUGCAUUCCAUUGGCCAUGCACGGCGACGAGGUUCCUGUGCUGGGGGUGGGGAAGAUAUGGUGCCGCUCGGCACUGGCAUUUUCCUGGAAUUCCCUCAUGGCCACUUUUGCAGGACGCUCUGUGCAGGACACCAACCUGUACAUAUGGGGGUGCUUCGAAAAAUUCAUUGUUGGUGACGACGAGGAUGCUCCUGGCACAAUGGCCACGUUCUGGAAGAUACUCGCAUGGUCUUUUGGGAUCAUAUAUGAGGGGGUGUGGCCUACGAAAGAUUGGGAGGGCACUCCGUAUGCCCCGGGCAGUGCAGAAGCAGCAAAAGCAGGGACUUUGCUUUGUGGCGGUUACUUUGGAGCCUUGGUUCAGUUGGCAGGCGACCUCGACUACUAUGCCAAAUGGCUGCAAGUGCCGAAGUGGAACAACCAUGAGAAACCCUGUUGCCUCUGCCGAGCAAGUUUCAAAGGGCCCUUAAGCUGGAUGGACAACAGAGAGAGCUCACCGUGGCAAAGCGCCGGCCUCAAGCCCAGCAACUGGAAGACACACUGGGAUUCGGCUUGUGCCUUAUUCCAAUUGCCGGGCUUCAAUGGGCUGUGUCUUUCUAUGGACUAUAUGCAUUGCAUGUUUCUUGGAUGGUUGCAGUAUGCAUAUGGCUCCGUGCUCUCUCUCGUUUUCUCGGAUUGCUUGGAAGGCACAGAGGCUGAAAGGCUGAAGCAUAUCGAUUCUUUCAUCAAGAAUUACCAGCGAGAACAUGGCACCAGAUACAAGUUCAAGCAAAAGCUCCUCAAACUUACGAUGAUACAGCCCAAGAAAGGUUUCCCAAAGAUUCGUGGCAGGGCAUCGGAUGUGCAAAGCUUGGACACUGCCCUUCUAGCAUUUUUUCAGCAGGAGAUGGACGAAGAGAACUACCAGCACAAGCAGAUUCUGCUCUUUCUCCGUUUGAAUUGUCGUUUGUCUGAGAAGUUAGACACGUUUUCGCCAAGGCAUGGGUACCUGGCUUUGCCUGAGCAGGAAGCACGGCAGGCUCUGCUCUGCGGCCUGCAGAUGGCACAGCUCCACAUCAGCUUGCAGCAGCACUACAAAGCUGCAGGGAGGCACUUAUUUAACCUCACAAGCAAGACACACUUUGCUUUGCACAGCCUGUCGCUCAGUGGCUGCAUUCAUCCAGCAAUGGUCUGGUGCUUCAAGGGCGAGUCCACCAUGCAUCGGGUUCAGACCCUUUGGAAGAGUUGCCUGCCUGGUGUCAAGCAUUGGCAGGUCGCCAGGAAGGCUGCCCUCAAGGAGCGGCACCUUCUGUGGCUGAGGGGCAAGGUCGGGUGA